GAGUCUUGAUUACGGCUAAUUUUCGUCUUCGAAAGCCACUUCGACUUUGACCCGAGAUUUAGGGUUUUGUGCGCAAUGGCAAUGACGGGCGAAACCCUAUAAGGCUCGUCAUCGAGGAAAUCACGUUCGCAGUGCUUCUGAAUUCGAGGUUGUGGGUUUGUCGUGAUGGCGAAGAGGAGCCUCGCUGUGUGUUUGACAGCGCUGGCGCUGUUUGCCGUGUUCGUGAGCGUGCAAGGAAAAGGAGAGAAGGCUUUGGACGAGGUCACAAGCAAGGUCUACUUUGAUGUGGAGAUUGAUAACAAGCCGGUGGGACGAGUGGUGAUCGGCCUCUUCGGGAAGGCUGCACCUAAGACGGUGGAGAAUUUCCGGGCGCUGUGCACGGGGGAGAAAGGGAAUGGCAAGAGUGGGAAGCCUCUGCACUACAAGGGCAGCGUUUUCCAUCGCAUCAUCCCUAGCUUUAUGAUCCAGGGCGGUGAUAUCACGCACGGGAAUGGCCGUGGGGGAGAGUCGAUCUAUGGGGAGAAGUUCGCGGACGAGAACUUCAGACUGAAGCACACCGGCCCCGGAAUUUUGUCCAUGGCCAAUGCCGGACCCAACACCAAUGGCUCCCAGUUUUUCAUUUGUACUGUGAAGACCAGCUGGUUGGAUGGCAGGCAUGUGGUCUUCGGAAAGGUCUUGAGCGGACUCGAUGUUGUUUACAAAGUGGAGGCUGAGGGCACCUCAGGAGGAACGCCCAAGAGUAAGGUAUUUAUUGCGGAUAGCGGUGAAAUUCCCCUUUGAAUGUUUUAUGAGAGGGGCAAUCGUGGUGAUUUGAUCAUACGCCUCGGGUUGUUGGAGAAUGCCCUUAGUUAGGGUAAUAUGUGUGAGUGUCAGAAAUGAAAUCUAUCCCCUUUUCAACGACUAGAGUCAGCGAUCAUGUGAACAUGAUCUUUUCUCUUGUGA